CGGGAGUGUAGGUGGACGCCAGGGAUGUUUACUCGGCUACGUGCAGACGUCAAAGCGCAUACAUCGUAUCCCAGCAUGCAGCAGGAGGCCGUGGAGAGAUCCAGCACCUGGUAGUGAGUCUGUAGAGCGCCGAGCAGGCAGCAGCCAACGGUCAACACAGCGCACACAUCUCCUACUCCAUGUGAGAGAACCGAGCCGUCUCCAUCCAGGCGACUGAAAAACAUGCUGUUCGGACGCCUGACGUGUGACCGCGCCGGCUUCUGAGUCCUUAGUGUCACCGGGUUUUCCUUUUGGAGGAUUCCUCCCUCCAUCUACCGGAUCCCACCGAACAGGCAAUGACAACGGUCUCAGCAACCCCGCAGCAGAUGAAGGACCGGCUGCUGCAGGCCAUCGACAGUCACAGCAAUAUAUGCAAUAUGGUGGCUGUAUUGGAGGUAAUCACCUCUCUUGAAAAAUAUCCAAUCACCAAAGAAGCACUUGAGGAAACUAGAUUAGGAAAAUUGAUCAAUGAUGUGAGGAAGAAGACCAAGGAUGAAGACCUUGCCAAGCGUGCCAAGAAACUUCUAAGGAACUGGCAAAAGUUGAUUGAGCCUGGGCCAUCUGUGCCUGCAAGUACCCCUGGGUCUACUAAUGGCAGUUCCCAUCCCUGCAGAACAGAUGCCUCUCCACCUGACAUUUCUGUUUCUGGUAAAGGUGUACCCGAAGUCAAAAUUAGAAACGAUGUCCACAACACAUACUCGCCAAAAGCUGAAAAAUCAAGCAGCCGCAAACGCCGAGCAGAGCACAGAGACAGUGGAGUGCACUUACCGGAAAAAAUCUCCAAGCUGUCUUCAUAUGACAACUCUGUUUCACCCCCAUCCACCAAUGGCAUCACAGGCAGUCCUGAUGCCCUGCUGGACCAGCAAGUCAUCCCAUCUCCUGAUAGAUCACGCUUAGAGCACCUUGAAAAUGACAAAAUCAACAGGAUUCCAGUUAACGCUGUUAAGCCUCGCCCUAGCUCCCCUGGAGUGGCCAAACUACCCAGCACUUCCUCUAUGAUCAAGGCUGCUGUGAUGCAGCAACAGGCCAGAUUGGAUGAAGGAGGAGGAGGAGGAGGAGGAGGGGGGUAUUAUCAAGCCAAAAGUCCCCGUGGCCUCACCACCAGUCCAAGGAGCAUGAAGCAGGACACAGUGACCAAGCGCUCCUCAGCAUAUGCACCAAAAGGAACACCCAUCCCAAGCCCUUCCUCCAGGGACUCUCCUCUUUCUUUGCCCCAGCCGGUUUCUUCCCCAGCCCAAGCCUCUUAUGCUGACAAGCUGCCACAUCCUACCCCUACUCCUAGGUCUUCAAUGCACUGGGCCGGUUUUUCAGAAGUCUCCUCCCUUUGCCCACCGCAAGACAUAUCUGUAACACUGGAAUCCCCAUCGGUCUCAACUUCACCUUCUCAUCCCCAACACAGCUCAGAACUGCACAGACCGACAUCUGAGGGAGCCAUGUCUGUGUCUGAGGACACGGACGGGGCAACGGUUUCCAAUUUGGAGCAUAAAAGGAGGAAGUAUAGAUCAAGAGACUACUCUGUAAAUUUAGACGGCCAGAAAAUAGAUGAUACGACUAAGCCUGUGCGGUUAAAAGAACGCAGACUAACAUUUGACCCCGUCACAGGUCAGAUCAAACCUCUGGUACAUAAAGAACCUUCUCAAUCAGAGGAAGCCCCAACUCCUGAGCCUGAAGAGUCUAGGCAGAGAACUGAAAGCACUGUACAACAGCCCCGUAUCUUUGUCCCUGCCCCUCCCCCUGUCCCCGUCCUUGCCCCUGCCCCUGUCCCAGUCCCUAUCCCUGCCCCAGGUCCGGGGACAAGCGCAAACCCUUUCCAUCAAACAAACUGGAAAGAGCUGUCCAGAAACGAAAUCAUCCAGUCCUACUUGAACCUUCAGAGCAAUGUGCUCACCUCCUCGGGGGUCCAGGCCCCCAGUGCACACUUUUUCAUGUCAGAGUAUCUGAAAAGGGAAGAACAGGAGAUCAAGGACUCGCGGAAGAUUCACGUUCUGCAGACGGACAGCUCAGUAGGGGAUUUACCUGGUGAGAGCCGGGAUGUGACGGACGAGGACCUGGGCAGGGUACACACACAGCACUGGCCGGGGGUUAACGGUUGCUAUGACACCAAGGGCACCUGGUUUGAUUGGACAGAGUGCAUAUCAUUGGACCCUCACGGGGAUGAAAGCAAAUUGAACAUCCUGCCAUAUGUUUGCCUAGACUGAGGGUUUGGGGAAGGUUUGCUGUCCUUUUCCACUCCUUCGUCUCCACACAGAGACGAGAAACUUUGUGAUUUUGUUUGUCCACUGUGAGUUCGGCAAAAGCCAGGCCUGCUAAACUCCCACCUGCUUCCCCUCCAGCCCCAUGCCUCUUCCUCUUUCUGUGAUGAUCUAUUGAGAUUUUGGUAUGAAAAUAGUAAAAAAAAAAAUUAAAAGAAUAGUUGAGUUUGUAAUACCAAGGGCUGUUGCUGUUUUAUUCUUCAAAAUGAAAGUUGCAGGAAUGUCGAGGCCCUAGCUGCAGAGCGCUGCUACUAACCGUAAAGGCGAGAAAGAGGAGACGGGUUUAUCCCAGAAAACCAGAAAUUGAGCUGCGAUGUGUCGUCUGUAUUGGUCCUCUGUUUCAGGCUCACUGGGAUGAUUCUGUUUUCUUUUUUUUUACCUUUUGUGUUUCAGAUGAGAAUCACAGUCUUGGGUUAAAAUUUGAGGGUAGGCUGGGGUUUAGCUGUCCUGUCCAGUCUGCCAUGUUGGUGCCCAGAGAGGUGUUGAUAGAGUUCAUCUAGCACAGAUAGAGCUGAACAUGUCCAGAGUUUGAAGAACUGGAGCAUAUUUGGCAGUUACAAGAAGCUUUAUGUGAGAUAUAAAGAGUAAAUUAUAAAUUUCUUAUCAUGUAUACAUCUAUUUAUUUUUGACCAGUUCAUUUAUAGGACGUCCAUUCAAACCGACGUUCAGAAGCCUAUAGAUGUUUUCCUUUUUUUCCUGUUUGCAUCACAAUGUUGUCAGCCUGAUCUUUGAUGUUAAAGGGGCGUACAGAUAUUUUGUCACGUGGUCUUUCUUAUAGAUUGGCCGAUGCAUUUGGUCAUUUACAUUCCAUACUCCAUCCUUCACCUACUUUUGCUCUCUCUCUCUCUCUGGCUCAUCACACAGCCCCCCCCAUAAGUCCAUGGCAUCUUGAGAAGAAAUGUGGUCUGAGAAAUUGGUUUCAUCCAAAUGUGUUGGUACUUAAAAGUUCAUUCAACAAAUAAAAACACUCACUAUACAGCAGUUCUCUCUCAAAGCUGGAAAAUGAUGAGGGAAUUUCAAUAUCAGAUGGUGCUGAUUUAAAAAAAAAAAGGCAUUUUAUUUGAAGAAAAACAGGAACUAUUUUAAUGCCAGGACUCACUUUGUUUCCAUUCCUUUAGAUUGUUUGCCCUCUGGAAAUCCUUUCCCAUAUUUUCUGAGUUAAACCGCCUUAGUGAAUGUACAGGAUUGAGACCUCUGAAGCACUUGUACAUACUUUUACAACUUGUUGGUCAUUUCAUUACUGACUUGAUUCAAGUGUGAAUAGUGACUGAUGCUCCAUAUAUUUAUGUGCCCAUAGUUUAUUCAGAGUUUAAGAAACAUUUAAUAUUUGUGCGGCUGCUUUCGAGAGUUUAGUCACAUUUAGGAGGCCAAUCGAAGUAGCAUUUCUUUCGCUUCCAUUUUUUUUUUUAAAAACACAUCGAACAUAAACAAAAGAGAGAAAGCUGUGUGUAUCAAACGUUCAUGUGACAGCUAAUACUUCUGAUUUCCCUUUAUACUCAUCAGUCACUACCAUUUCUUCUCUCAUGACUUAAAUCAAGAUUGGCUUCUGUGCAGCCUCUCUGUCCAUACAUUUUUUCAGUCUUUCAUCCCUACCAAUGUGCCUUUGGUAAAUGUUCAAUCUGGAUUUGCUUCUGCAUAUAAAACUCUGUGCUGUCCGUGGUGCUGGGUUUAUGCGCGAGAACUCCAAAUCUGGUGAUCUGGUGAUGCCGGUAUAUGCACCAUUUCUGUUACUUUUUGUACACGCUGAUCUAGCAAAGGGUGAAGCUGCAGACAAUGAGAAACUGCACAACAACAGCACAGCUGGCAAUAAAGGAAAAAGUGCUAUAACUGGUUGAUACAAAUCUGUUUUCUGGAGUUUUGACUGGGGCAUCUUUAUUUGUUCAGUGUUUAACAUCUCUCGAUUGUUUGAAAAUAAAAUGAUCUAAAUCUUCA